GAGUAUUUUUUAGUAGAGUCGAUACAUUUUUAAAAUAAAAACAAACUGUAAUAAAAAAAUUUUAGGUAAAACCAAUUAAAAAUAUAAUUUAGGUAAAAAAAAAAGAACAUUUGGGCCUUUUCAUUUCAAUGAAAUGAAAUACAACUAGUUGACAAAAAAACCUCCACUCCUUCACAAUUGCCUCCUCCUCUGGUUUUGAGUGUUAUUAACAGGUUGAAAUUUAAUGGCAAUAGUGAUUCGGAUAUCUUUUGAUUGCUUUGGGACUGUAAUAGUAACUGGUUGUCUGCAUCUCCAUUACGUAUCUGCCAGGAAAUCUAGUAGUAAUAAUGUCGUUUAUAUAGGGAGUGCAGGGGUUCCAAAUCCAAUGGUACUAUAAUUUCAAAAUCAAACCGGCCGGUUCAGUAAGCUAUGGGGGAAGGCAUAUAAAGAAAGAAAGAAAAAAAUUAAUAUUAGUAUUAUUUAUUUAUUAGUUUGAAAUUUCAAAAUGGAAAAGAGUAAAUCAACCAACCCACUCUUCUCUCUCUCUCUCUCACGCAGGAGUCGUCGUCUCGUCUGCUUUCUCUCUUUCUCUCUCUCUCUCUUCCUUAAUGGUUUCUGGGAAACGUAUCUGCUUCCGAUCUAGUUGACCCUCUUUCGUAAUAUCUUAUCCUGAGUGAAAGAUGAAGGCUUUUCGUCUCUUGGCAAAUCUAAUUCAGGACCGAUUCGUUUCCACACAGUAGCAGCAAGCCACUUCUUGUCAAAGUAAAUAACGCAAGAAAAUGUCAAUGCAAAAUGGAUCUAAAAGGAGUUCACCUAGCAUCAUAGCAAGAUUGAUGGGUCUUGAUGGUCUCCCUCCUCCACACAGAGAACCCAAGCCUUUGGUGAAUCAACAGCGCAUGACUAAAGCUCGUGGGAAGCAAACGUAUGGUGAUCAUGAAUCUCUUAGGAAGAGGUCAAUGGAUGAGCAGAGAUUCAAAGACGUCUUUGAAGUUAUGGACGCAGAUGAAGGGAAGAGCAGUACUAGUUUGUUUCAGAAGAGGAGGAGUGUGAAUGCUAACUUAACCGAGGCAGAGAUGGCUUUUAUACGCCACAAGUUCAUGGAGGCUAAACGUCUGUCCACGGAUGAGGAACUCCGUUACUCUAAAGAGUUUAAUGAGACUCUUGAGGCUCUAGACUCCAACAAGGACCUCUUGUUCAAGUUUCUUCAUCAUCCAGAUUCAUUAUUCACAAAACAUUUCUCUGAUCUUCAAAGCAUUGUUACAAAACCACAGUGCAGUCACAGAUCACCUCAAUGGCACGGUGAUGGUGUUGACCUAUCAAAGAAGCAGUGGAAAAAGAGAAGUGGUUUGAAACCAACUGAGAUUGUUGUUCUGAAACCUAAUCUUGGUAAGCCACAGACUUGUGCACAGAGCUCUUCUUGUGAUGAGGCCAGGGAAGAUCUCAAACUGUCUAAAGCAUUUGGCAGUUCGUUAGGUAAUGAAGAUGUCUUUCCUUUGAGAGACUCCAGAGAGAUUGCUAGAAUAGUAUCUAGACAGUUAAAGGCAAGUUGUGGCAAUGAGAGUUUCACAAACUUUGAUAUGUCAAGGUUCAGAGGUUACGCAGGGGAUGAAAGCUCAUCCGGGAGUGAUUCUUCAAGACCAAGAACUGACGACUUUAGCCGCAAGAAUCACACUCGGUCUCUGUCUUCCAGGUCACCGGAGUCUGCGAGUAAGGAGGCCAUGAGGAGAAUGUCAGAGAGGUGGAAGCUGGCACACAACUCUGAGAGAGAGAUAGAGAUUAGAAGAAGAAACACAUUGGCUGACAUGCUUGCAACCUCAGAUAGAGAAGCGAGGCUAGCAAGUUUUAAUGGGAGGAGUAAAAGGUUUGAGAGCAAUGUUGGAGAGUCUGAGUUGCCAGAUCCGCUUGGGAUUAGUAGUAGAGAUGGUUGGAAAGGUACUGGUAGAAGUAGAACAACCAUGCAUAAGGAGAGAGCUUGUAGUCACACCAUUGUGCUUCCUAAGAAGCUAAACACUCGAGAUGGAUUAGUGAAGGGGUGUUCUUUUCACAACAGGCCAAGUUCAAGUGAAAGUCUUAAACUGGAUGGUGAGUUAUCCAAAGAGAAGCUUCCUGCUCUUAAAACACAGAGAAGCUUAUCAGUUCAUGCAGAUUCAGACACUGAAAGUGGUUCAUCGGACUAUGAGGAUGCCAAGAGUAAUCCAUCCUUGGAACAAAUCGAUUUGUCAGCAGUUACCUCGUUAACUCACCAUACUCAGGAGAGUGCAGAGGAAGGAGAUCAACCAAGUCCACAAGCUUCUUUACACGAUGAGUUUUCAUCUAACUCUGAGUGCUUUGAGAGUCUUAGCGCUGAUCUCCAAGGGCUCAGAAUGAAACUUCAGCUACUAAAACGGGAGUCAGAUACUUACAACGAAGGCGAAAUGCUCGUUUCAAGUGAAGAAGAAGAAGAGGAAUCAUCAUCCUUAGUAACAGAUGAGACGAUGAUCAUCCAUGAGUGGAAGUCUCUAUACUUGGCUGAUAUCUUAGCAAACUCCAGGUUUAGUGACUUGAACCCGGCAAGCUUCAUGGCGUCAUGGCACUCCUCUGAAUCACCUCUAGAUCCAUCCUUGUUUAAGGACCUUGAGAAGAAGUACUCCGGUCUAAAAACCUCAACCCGGUUAGAAAGGAAGUUCGUGUUUGAUAGGGUCAACAGUGAGAUUCUCGAGUUCUUUGAGCAGUUCACUGAUCUUAAACCCACAAAGGUCAGCCCAACAUGGGAUAUAAGCAGGAUAGAUGAAACUCUCUCUGAGCUCAUUACUAGAAAACACAGGAGAGAUACAAAGGAGAAGAAGAUCCAGUUGCCAAGCUUGGAAGAUGGCAUUGAAGUGAUAGGCAAGGAGAUUGAAGAGUUGUUGACACAUGAACUCAUAGCAGAGGUCUUUGAUUGCUCUAGAAAAGUUACAUAGCAUCUAAUAUCUAUCAGUUAUACUAAAACAUUUGUGAGAAAAAAAUGCAAACGUUUCUAACAAGUUUAAUUUAUCAUAAUUCAUAA